AUGUCGAAUCCGGGUAAUUCGAAAUCUUUACGAAUUAAACUUCGCGAUCCGGUUGAAGGGGUGGAGAAAACUUUUGGUUCCGUGGGCAUGGAACGCGAGAAGGUAGUACGAUCGGGUGGAGAAAUCGGAUCUGCGGUAGGUGGAGCUCGAAAUUCCGUGCAGGUGGGUGGGGUAGGUGGUUCGGAUGGGUGUGCCGGCUCGAGCCGUGCUUCUAGCCAAUCAAAAACGUGUGAGGGCGCGCGCUCCGAGGUUAGAGAGAAGCCGAGCCGAGCCGUUGAAUUGGAAGCCGGGUCUGCGGCUGACGAGAGAGGAAUUGGGGCACGUGGUCCAGCGGGAGGAGGCCACGUGCGCGCCUCGGGUAGGGGAGAGAGAAGCAGCCGCCCACGUGGGCCAGCUGGUGGUGGGGGCGCGUCGGGAGUGGGCGAACGCGCGCGCGGGAUUGGCCCGUGUCCCGACGCGCGCGUGGUGGCAGUUGGAUUAGGAGGAGAUGACGCGCGCGCGCUGCCCAAUGAAGGGGCGCGUGCGCGCGCGUCGAUGGAGGGUGGUAGUGUAGGGGACGCGCGCGCGCUGCCCAAUGAGGACGCGCGUACGCGCGCGUCGCUGGGCGGUUUAAAGGCGCGUGAGCGCGCGUGUGUGGCUGGGAAAGAGCCACGUGGCCUUGUUUCACUGGAGGACGCGCGCGCGCAUGAGGAGGGCUGCCUUGGGGUUCCGUGCGCGCGUGAGGGCGCGUUAGGGCGUGGUUCUGAGCCCGGUUCGGGCAAAUUUGAAGGGCGAAUUUACGAGGGUGCUGAUUCGCGUGUUGUUUCAAACGGGGGAAGUUUUGGUCGGCGAGAGAUCAUUGAAUCUUGGAGUGACGAUGUAGAAACGAGUAUUCACGUUAGUGACCAAGUGGAUGGAGUUGUGGCUAGUAGGCGUUAUUCUCGACGUCAAAUCGUGGAUUUUGGGAGCGAUAGUGAUGAUUCUAACCACGUUCCUUUGGUGAGUGAUCAUGCGGCGCCAAAAUGA